AGCGAACCGUGAAUCAACGAUGCGGAGGGCGGGCAAAGUGGAGGAACGGCUGGGGUAAGUCCACAGUGUUGACGUCCAAGUAGGGCUUCUUUCAAGCCAAUGUCGUACUGACUGGAGUUGGAUUGUGAGUUACUACAAGUCUGCUUUCUCCUAUACUCCUCAGUCUCGAUUUCCAUAGGACUCGGCAGAAGUGACAUUGACAUCCAUCUUCUCCUCAGAAGUCCAUGAAAAAGGUUUAGCGACGGAAAACAUGGCGCAUGUAAACGGCAACACACCUCAGCAAUGUCAUACUUUGCCUCGAGGCACUGUUCUCAUAGCAGGCGGUGGUCCUGUCGGACUACUUCUUGCCAGAGUACUAUCAUUUUAUGGCGUCAAAUCCGUUCUGUUUGAACGAAAUAAAACCACUACCCGUUGGCCAAAGAUGGAUCUUACGAAUGGACGAUCCAUGGAAUUGUUUCGCAAACUCGGUCUGGCCGAUGACCUGAGGCGGCAGGGAGUUGAAGCUCAUAUCGACAUGCCUGUAUUGAUAUCCACUGGUCUUGCAGCCGAAGAGGCGAUAACGAAAUGGGACCUUCCCGGGGUUGACAGAUUCCGAAAACGGAUUCGAGAGAACAACGACGGAUCCCAGCCAACAGAACCAUAUCAGAGGCUGUCUCAGGAGAUAUUCGAACGGUGGCUGAAGGCCCUCUGCGACGACGACCCGUUGAUCGAUCUUCGGUAUGGCUACAAAGUAGAGUCGGUUCAGGAGACCGAGGAUAAUGUCAAGACAACUGUCGCGAACGUGGACACGGGCGUGACUUCCGACUACAUCUCAGGCUAUGUCGCAGGCUGUGACGGUGCAUCCAGCAGAGUCCGAACGUCUUUGGGCCUUCCCUUAGAUGGUGGACCUAUCCCGGCCUGCGUUCUCCUGGUUCAUUUCAAAUCUCGUGACCUCGCUCGGAUUCGCAAACAAGGUCAAUUCUGGCAUAUCUUUGUGCUGGCUGAACACGGCGGUCUUGGUGGAGCCAUCAUCGCUCAGGAUGAGGUUGAUACCUGGACCACUCACCUCUUUUUACCACUCGAUGCAGAACCCGAAAAAAUCGAGUCACGAGAGGCUGUUUCUAAGGCUCUAGGCGGCCUCUACGGGGAGUAUCCGAUAGAAAUCGAUGAAAUACUUGUGCGCUCCGUCUGGCGACCUUACAUCGCUGUGACGCGGCAAUGGAGCAGCCCAAAUCUUCGCGUCCAUCUCGCCGGCGAUGCAGUACAUCAGAACAUCCCUACAGGAGGAUAUGGAAUGAACAUGGGUAUCCAAGACGCUUUUGAUCUGGGAUGGAAGCUUGCUGCAGUGAUCAACGGCAGUGCUGGCACCGAGUUGCUCAAAUCAUACGAGUUAGAACGAAAGCCUGUAGCGCUUCGAAACGUGGAGCAUUCUGGCGUCCAUUUCCAGGUUCACAAUGCUCUCCAAGACAUCUUGGCCGGAAAGAAUGCUCAGGAUAUUGAUGGUGACACAGAGGAUGCCCGGAAACUUCGAGCAAUCAUUCACGACCAUUACCAGAAGCACGAUGGCGAAAAUCAGGACUUUGGCAUAGAAAUGGGCCACCGAUACAAGUCGUCCGUCAUAAUGCAGGACGAUAAGCCGGAGCCGGAGCCUCAUUGGGAACCGUCUCGAUACAUUCCCACAACCUGGCCAGGCGGCCGGCCUCCACACCUCUUUCUCUCUGACGGAACUCCCAUAUUUGACAAGUUUGGGAAAGACUGGACACUGCUCAUCUUCUCGACCGAGGGUUGUGGACAAGAGUUUAUUCACGAGGCAGCUGAAGGUCUCUCGAUACCCCUGAAGUUGGUCAGCCUUGCAGGGGAGAAAUUAGCGGAGAAGCUCUAUGAGAAACCCCUGGUAUUGAUUCGACCAGAUCAGCACGUCGCAUGGAGAGGAGAGAGCAUAAGCAAUGUGAAGGAGGCCAAGAGGAUUCUAGAGACCGUCACUGGAAGGGCUGACACCGACUUGAAAAAUGAGAGGAGAGCUGUUUCUACCGAGGCACCUAAGACCGCAUUCACCGCCACGAACGAAUUGACGACGCAGGUAGAAGAGUUCAAGGUGGAGAAGAUGAGCGACUUCCAGAAGUAGGCAGGUAGAGCUAUUUCCAUGGGCCCAUAAGAA